AUGAGGCCAGAGAACUGGACCCAGGUAACAGAAUUUGUGCUUCUGGGCUUCCCUAAGAGCUGGGCCCUACAGCUGAUGUUGUUCCUGAGGCUUCUGGUGACAUAUGUGGUGACAGUGAUGGGGAACUUGCUCAUCAUCAUGCUUAGUUGGUCUGACCGCCGCCUGCAUACCCAGAUGUAUUUCUUCCUGAGAAAUCUUUCCCUGUUGGAGCUGAUGCUGGUCUCUGUUGUGGUCCCCAAGAUGCUAGUCAGUAUCCUCACUAAGGACUAUACUAUCUCCUUUGCUGGCUGCAUCAUGCAAUCCUACUUCUAUUUCCUCCUGGGCACCACGGACUUCUUCCUCUUGACUGUCAUGUCCCUGGACCGCUGUCUGGCCAUAUGUCGUCCAUUACACUAUGAGAUGUUGAUGAGUCGUCCCACCUGUGUCUGGUUAGUGUUGUCAUCCUGGCUCGCUGGAUUUCUCUGGACCUUUUGCCCCACUAUCCUCAUGACUAGUCUGCCUUUCUGUGGCCCAAACGGCAUUGACCAUUUCUUCUGUGAUAGCUGGCCACUUAUGGGGCUCUCCUGUGGGGAUACCCAACUUCUUGAGUUGGUGGCUUUUCUGCUUUCCACAGCAUUGCUACUGGGCUCACUGACAUUGACCUCUAGUUCUUAUGCCUUUAUUCUCACUACUGUCUUUCAUACCCCAAUAGCCAGUGAGCGGAAAAAAGCCUUUUCUACCUGUGCAUCACACCUCACUGUCAUGGUCAUGUUCUAUGGCAGCUCCAUCUUUCUUUACAUCCGCACAUCAGAGGCCCAGUCUAUGCUCCUUAAUAAGGGGGUCUCUGCCCUGAACUGCAUCAUCUCCCCACUCUUGAAUCCAUUCAUCUUCAACCUCCGUAAUGACAAAGUGAAGCAAGCCUUAUGUGAUGCCAUAAGGCGGCACAAACACAUGGGCCCAAAAUUGUGA